CAGUUUUUAAGGCCACGAGAAAUAUGUCUGAAGGACUUUCUCAAUCUCCCACACUCAUUCCUCUCCUUCUGGAUCUCGUUCUGAUCAUCUGAGCCGCUGUAGACCGUCCGAUCAUUUAAGAGACGGAAAUGGACGUAAUGGAGAUGGUCGGUGCAAUCGACUGGGAGGAGGAAUCUUACCCUCGCUACCAGGAUUUCAGAGGUCUUCUCUUUUUCGCACUGUUGUUCCCGUCUAUUCGGUUCUUCCUCGACAGGAUCGUCUUAGAGAAAGUGGCAAGGAGAUUAGUUCUUGGAAAGGGUCAUGACACUUGGGACGUUGGCAAAGAAGAAAGAAGGAAGCUAAAUAAAUUCAAGGAGUCAGCGUGGAAGUUUUUCUACUAUCUUACAGCAGAGGCUUUUUCGGUGGCUGUUACAUAUAGUGAACCUUGGUUCACAAACACCAGAUUCUUCUGGGUAGGACCUGGGGAACAGGUCUGGCCUGAUCAAAAGAUUAAGUUGAAACUAAAGGUAUUGUACAUGUUCGCUGCUGGAUUCUACACAUAUUCAAUAUUUGCCUUGAUUUUUUGGGAGACAAGGCGGUCAGACUUCGGGGUAUCCAUGGGUCAUCACGUAGCAACUGUCAUUCUCAUCCUGCUGUCUUACGUUUUCAGAUUUGCUCGUGUUGGUUCUAUUGUUUUGGCUCUUCAUGAUAUGAGCGAUGUCUUUCUGGAAAUGGGGAAGAUGUCAAAGUAUGGUGGCUAUGAAGCUUUUGCUAGCUUUUCAUUUAUUCUUUUUGUUGUCUCAUGGAUCAUACUCCGCCUCACAUAUUUCCCGUUCUGGGUCCUUCAUAGUACAAGUUAUGAGGUUCUUUUGACAUUGGACAAGGAUAAGCACAAGGUCGAGGGACCCAUAUACUAUUAUAUGUUCAAUACUCUCCUUUUCUGCUUGCUUGUUCUUCAUAUUUAUUGGUGGGUUUUAAUCUACCGGAUGCUCAUUAAACAAAUAAAGGCAAAAGGCCAGCUUGGAGAUGAUGUCCGAUCUGAUUCUGAAGAUGAAGGAGAACAUGAGGACUAAACCAUGAGCAUGAUUAGCAAUAUCCACACAUGAAGAUAAAUCUCUCAAACAAGGUUCCAUAUCAAGAUCUUGCGUGCUCCCAUUUCGACAUGUGAGAUCUAGUCAAGUGAAAAACACAUGUAAUACGAAAACCAUCACUGUAGAUGGGGCUUGUACACUAACUUUAGAAACAGUGGAUAGUCAACUAAUUGAUAGUUUGAUUCAGUCUAGUUUUCAGACA